ACAUCUUCAGUACUUCUGACAUCAUCUGCAUUCUCAGCUAAAAGUCUGACAUUCGAAGCAAGUGCUGCUGCAUCUAUAAUCUCAACUGAAGCACCAGUUUCACCAGUAGGAACUGAAGUUCAAACUACACUACCCAGCAAUCCAACCUCGAUGGCUACAGGAGCUACUUCAGCAACUGCCACCUCAGUGACAUUCUCUCCUGAACCCCAGUUUCCAACUUCGGAACUGCCCCUAAGUCCGUCAACACCAUCCACUAUGCCAUACUCACCAGAAGAAAGUCCGUCUUCAUCAGCAAUAGCAACUGUAGCAUUAAACUCACCAGAAACUUCAGGGCCAAUAACAGAAUUGAGUAAUCCAACAUCUGCAGUCACAGUUGUUUCCACAGUAGUUCCACCUUCAGCAGGAACAUCUGCAGUUCUUCUGGCAUCAUCUCCAUUCUCAACUAAAAGUCUGUCAUCCGAAGCAAGUGCUCCUGCAUCUAUAAUCUCAACUGAAGCACCAGUUUCAGCAGUAGGAACUGAAUUUCAAACCACACUACCCAGCAAACCAACCUCGAUGGUCACAGAAGCUAAUUCAGCAACUGCCACUUCAGUGACAUUCUCUCCGGAACCCCUGUUUCCAACUUCGGAACUGCCACUAAGUCCGUCAACACCAUCCACUACGCCAUACUCACCAGAAGAAAGUCCCUCGUCAUCAGCAAUAGCAACUGUAGCAUUAAACUCACCAGAAACUUCAGGGCCAAUAACAGAAUUGAGUAAUCCAACAUCUGCAGUCACAAUUGUUUCCACAGUAGUUCCACCUUCGGCAGGAACAUCUUCAGUACUUCUGGCAUCAUCUCCAUUCUCAGCUAAAAGUCUGACAUUCGAAGCAAGUGCUGCUGCAUCUAUAAUCUCAACUGAAGCACCAGUUUCAGCAGUAGGAACUGAAAUUCAAACCACACUACCCAGCAAUCCAACCUCGAUGGCUACAGGAGCUACUUCAGCAACUGCCACCUCAGUGACAUUCUCUCCUGAACCUCUGUUUCCAACUUCGGAACUGCCACUAAGUCCGUCAACACCAUCCACUAUGCCAUACUCACCAGAAGAAAGUCCGUCUUCAUCAGCAAUAGCAACUGUAGCAUUAAACUCACCAGAAACUUCAGGGCCAAUAACAGAAUUCAGUAAUCCAACAUCUGCAGUCACAGUUGUUUCCACAGUAGUUCCACCUUCAGCAGGAACAUCUGCAGUCCUUCUGGCAUCAUCUCCAUUCUCAACUAAAAGUCUGUCAUCCGAAGCAAGUGCUCCUGCAUCUAUAAUCUCAACUGAAGCACCAGUUUCAGCAGUAGGAACUGAAUUUCAAACCACACUACCCAACAAACCAACCUCGAUGGUCACAGAAGCUAAUUCAGCAACUGCCACUUCAGUGACAUUCUCUCCUGAACCCCCGUUCCCAACUUCAGAACUGCCCCUAAGUCCGUCAACAGCACCUAAUAUGCCAUACUCACCAGAAGAAAGUCCCUCGUCAUCAGCAAUAGCAACUGUAGCAUUAAACUCACCAGGAAUUUCAGUGCCAAUAACAGAAUUGAGUAAUCCAACAUCUGCAGCCACAGUUGUUUCCACAGUAGUUCCAUCUUCAGGCGGAACAUCUGCAGUUCUUCUGGCAUCAUCUCCAUUCUCAACUAAAGGUCUGUCAUCUGAAGCAAGUGCUCCAGCAUCUAUAAUCUCAACUGAAGCACCAGUUUCACCAGUAGGAACUCAACAUCAAACCACAGUACCCAGCAAUCCAAUCUCGAUGGUCACAGAAGCCAAUUCAGCAACUUCCACCUCAGUGACAUUCUCUCCUGAACCCCUGUUUCCAACUUCGGAACUGCCACUAAGUCCGUCAACACCAUCCACUAUGCCAUACUCACCAGAAGAAAGUCCGUCUUCAUCAGCAAUAGCAACUGUAGCAUUAAACUCACCAGAAACUUCAGGGCCAAUAAUAGAAUUGAGUAAUCCAACAUCUGCAUUGACAGUUGUUUCCACAGUAGUUCCAACUUCAGCAGGAACAUCUACAGUUCUUCUGGCAUCAUCUCCAUUCUCAACUAAAAGUCUUUCAUCCGAAGCAAGUGCUCCUGCAUCUAUAAUCUCAACUGAAGGACCAGUUUCACCAGUAGGAACUCAACAUCAAACCACACUACCCAGCAAUCCAACCAGGAUAGACACAGAAGUAACUUCAAGAACUGCCUCUUCAGUGACAUUCUCUCCUGAACCCCCGUUCCCAACUUCAGAACUGCCCCUAAGUCCGUCAACACCAUCCAAUAUGCCAUACUCACCAGAAGAAAGUCCGUCUUCAUCAGCAAUAGCAACUGUAGCAUUAAACUCACCAGAAACUUCAGGGCCAAUAACAGAAUUGAGUAAUCCAACAUCUGCAGUCACAAUUGUUUCCACAGUAGUUCCACCUUCAGCAGGAACAUCUUCAGUACUUUUGGCAUCAUCUCCAUUCUCAGCUAAAAGUCUGACAUUCGAAGCAAGUGCUGCUGCAUCUAUAAUCUCAACUGAAGCACCAGUUUCAGCAGUAGGAACUGAAGUUCAAACCACACUACCCAGCAAUCCAACCUCGAUGGGUACAGGAGCUACUUCAGCAACUGCCACCUCAGUGACAUUCUCUCCUGAACCUCUGUUUCCAACUUCGGAACUGCCACUAAAUCCGUCAACACCAUCCACUAUGCCAUACUCACCAGAAGAAAGUCCGUCUUCAUCAGCAAUACCAACUGUAGCAUUAAUCUCACCAGAAACUUCAGGGCCAAUAACAGAAUUAAGUAAUCCAACAUCUGCAGCCACAGUUGUUUCCAAAGUAAUUCCACCUUCAGCAGGAACAUCUGCAGUUCUCCUGGCAUCAUCUCCAUUCUCAACUAAAAGUCUGUCAUCCGAAGCAAGUGCUCCUGCAUCUAUAAUCUCAACUGAAGCACCAGUUUCAGCAGUAGGAACUCAAUAUCAAACCACACUACCCAGCAAUCCAACCUGGAUAGACACAGAAGUAACUUCAAGAACUGCCUCUUCAGUGACAUUCUCUCCUGAACCCCCGUUCCCAACUUCAGAACUGCCCCUAAGUCCGUCAACAGCACCUAAUAUGCCAUACUCACCAGAAGAAAGUCCCUCGUCAUCAGCAAUAGCAACUGUAGCAUUAAACUCACCAGAAACUUCAGGGUCAAUAACAGAAUUGAGUAAUCCAACAUCUGCAGUCACAGUUGUUUCCACAGUAGUUCCACCUUCAGCAGGAACAUCUUCAGUACUUCUGGCAUCAUCUCCAUUCUCAACAAAAAGUCUGUCAUCUGAAGCAAGCGCUCCUGCAUCUAUAAUCUCAACUGAAGCACCAGUUUCACCAGUAGGAACUCAACAUCAAACCACACUACCCAGCAAUCCAAUCUCGAUGGUCACAGAAGCUAAUUCAGCAACUUCCACCUCAGUGACAUUCUCUCCUGAACCCCUGUUUCCAACUUCGGAACUGCCACUAAGUCCGUCAACACCAUCCACUAUGCCAUACUCACCAGAAGAAAGUCCGUCUUCAUCAGCAAUAGCAACUGUAGCAUUAAACUCACCAGAAACUUCAGGGCCAAUAACAGAAUUGAUUUCCAACUUCGGAACUGCCCCUAAGUCCGUCAACACCAUCCACUAUGCCAUACUCACCAGAAGAAAAACUGCCCCUAAGUCCGUCAACAGCACCUAA